AUGGCACCUCUAACCCCCUUCUGGUCCCAACCCUCGCACCCCAAUGUGCAAAAAGUCCAAUUCUCCACCGAGAAAGACUUCACCACCAAAUCCUUCUCGACCAUCUCCCUCCCGCCCUUCGGCUUCUUUGCUAAGCUGGCUUUCCCGCCGUGCACGCUCGCCGAUGAGGCAACGUACGCUACGGUGCAGAUUGGACGCGAGCAGCAUAUGAAUCUGAAUAGCGAUUUGGUGUAUAUAAACCAUAGUUGUGUGCCUAGUGUUAUCUUCGACACAACAUCCCUCAGCAUCCUUGCCGGCCCAUCCGGCCUCCGCGCAGGCCAAGAACUGACCUUCUUCUACCCGAGCACCGAGUGGGACAUGGCGCAGGGCUUCAGCUGUUUCUGCGGCGCGGAAACGUGCCGUGGCUUUAUCAAGGGCGCCAAGGGGAUGGGGAAGGGCGCGUUGGAGGGCGUGUGGUUGAAUGCGCAUAUCCGGGGGUUGCUCGAAGAGCGCGAUGCUGUGGGAAACGGUGCUGUGGGAAACGGUGCUGUGGGAAACGGUGCUGUGGGAAACGGUGCUGUGGAUGUAUCAUCCAGUGCUGUUGAUAUCCCUGCUCCGGCUCCGGCUCCGGCUCCAACGAAUGGGAAUAGCAACGGCAACGAGCACAAAACCGAAAUUGCGAAUGGAGAUAGCAACGCAAAGAACGAAGUCGAUUCUAUGCAGUUCGCGCUCCACUCUUCCCUCCAGCAAGCCGAGCUCCUCGUCUCAGCCGCCAAACACGCCCUCGCUACAUACAUCAGCCAUUACUCCAAGCCUGCCCCUCCAUUCUCCCUGGCCCCGAAUGGAGUGGGGAGUCGAGAGAUGAGCGGCGAGAUGGGUGGGGAUACUUGUAAUGAGAAGGGGGUAGAUGGAAAGCGAAGAGGCGUUACUAGUAGGGAGAUGAGUGGCGAGAUGGGUGGUGAUACUACUGCUGUUUCUUGCGAGUAG